AAUGGAAAAUUGUCUUUUAUUUACAGGCACUGUUGCGUCAUGUCCUUCAAAGACUGCUUACACGCCUGGAACAUGUCCUGCAACAGCCACACCUGGACAUGGACUUCAUGCAGUUUGUAUGUUGUCAGGAGAGAGUUUUUCUCAGUGCCAUAGCAGGUCAAGUCACUAUUCCAGCAGAGGUAAUUGCAGGAAUAGAUGAACUGGACCGUGCGAUCAACACUGAGAUUGAUCAAGAAAAAGUAACAGCAUUGAGUAUGGAGCAAGGUGCAAGAGGGCGCCCAAAGACACUCAUUUCUGACGAGCAAAUAAGCAGCCUGUUGGAGUUGUCGUUCCCUGUACCGACAAUUGCUGAUUUACUUGGGGUGUCCAUCAGAACAGUGCGUCGGCGGAUGGAGGAGUUCAACCUUAGUGUUAGGGCCUCCUACAGCAACCUCUCAAAUGAGCAGCUUGAUGGGAUUGUGUCUGAGAUUAAAACCAGGAUGCCACAUGCAGGAUACCGCAUGAUGAAAGGGGCAUUGGAGGCAGAAGGACACAAAGUGCAGUGGGAUCGUAUCCGAGCAUCACUGCAUAGGGUGGACACCCUUGGUGUGUAUUCCCGCAUGAUAAACCUUGGGUGUGUGGUGAGACGGAGCUACUUUGUUCCGAGCCCAAGGUUUCUCAUGCACAUUGACACCAAUCACAAACUGAUCAGGUACAACAUGGUCAUAUUUGGGGGUAUUGAUGGAUAUUCAUGCAAGGUAAAACAACUUGCUGUAUGUCCAGAUUUUCAUCACUGUCCUUUCAGCUGUCUGGCUACUUGUUGCACUACAUCCAACAGUUGUCGAUCAUGUACCUGGGGGCUGCCCCCAAUAACCUAGCCUCAACCACCCUGAGCUUCUUCAUGGCAGCAGUGGAGCAGUUUGGCUUUCCAUUAAGGGUACGGGGAGACCAUGGCGUGGAAAACGUUGACGUGGCUCGUUUGAUGUUUUCAGUCCGAGGCACGGGGAAAGGCAGCUUCAUAGCAGGGAAGAGUGUGCACAAUCAGCGCAUAGAGCGGCUGUGGCGAGAUGUAUGGUCAGUGACAAGUGCCUACUACAACACCCUCCAUUCCCUCGAGGAUGAUGGUCUUCUGGACAUCUCAGAUAGUGUG